AUGGAGGAGGAUAAGGAUAUUUCACUCAUAUUGGGGCGACCUUUCUUAGCUACUGGAAGAGCGAUUGUCGAUGUUCAAAAGGGGCAGCUUAUAUUGAGACUUGGCGAAGAGCAAAUCUCUUUCAACGUGUUCAAGGCAAUGAAAUUCUCUACUGAGUCAGAGCUGGGAAUUAGGACUACAAAGUCAGUGCCAUCUAUUCAACAACCUCCCAAGUUGGAACUUAAGCAAUUGCCACCACACCUUCGAUAUGCUUACCUGGGAGAAUCUUCUACACUUUCGGUUAUUAUUUCAAAUACUGUUAGUAAAGUGGAGGAAGAGAAGCUACUUUGGGUGCUAAGGGAGAAUAAAAUAGCCAUUGGAUGGUCAAUUGCAGAUAUCAAGGGGAUCAGCCCGUCACUAUGCAUGCACAAAAUACUCAUGGAGGAAAAAUCCAAGCCAAGCAUUGAUGAUAGUGCACGGAUCAGUGCAGUACAGGUUGUUCCCAAGAAAGGGAUGUUGGAGAGACUAGCAGGGCACUCGCAUUACUAUUUUCUGGAUGGGUACUCCGAGUAUAAUCAGAUUCUAGUAGCACCUGACGAUCAGGAGAAGACAACUUUUACCUGUCCCUAUGGAAGGCAUUGUGCUAGGACACAGAAUCUCAGCAAAGGAAGGUUCAUCAAGGAUUUCUCAAAGAUUACUAAACCGCUGUGCUAUUUGUUGAUGAAGGAAUCCACAUUUGAGUUCGCGGAUGAGUGUUUCCUGGCUUUUAAAACCCUGAAAGAGAAGUUGAUUUCAGCAUCCGUGAUCAUCACACUGGAUUGGAACUUACCAUUUGAAUUAAUGUGCGACGCCAGUGAUUUUACUGUUGGGGCCGUAUUGGGACAACGAAGAAAUAAGAUAUUUUACAUGAUCUACUAUGCAAGUAAGACAUUAAACGACGCUAAACUAAAUUAUGCCACUAUAGAAAAAGAGCUCCUUGCCAUAGUCUACGCCUUUGAUAAAUUUCGAUCAUACCUUGUGGGGUCAAAGGUCAUCGUUUGCAUAGAUCACGCUGCUAUCAAGUACUUAAUGGAAAAGAAGGAUGCAAAGCCACGUCUCAUUCGCUGGAUAUUGUUGCUUCAAGAGUUUGACUUGGAAAUUAGGGAUAAGAAGGGCAAUGAAAACGUGGUGGCAGACCAUUUGUCUCGACUCGUCUUGAGGCCACAGAACAGACAGAGACAGUGGAAAUCAACGAAGCAGGGGGCUGAUCAAAUUGUUUGUCGCUGCGUACUUGAGGAAGAAGUGCCUUUGAUAUUAGAACAUUGUCAUUCAUCUACAUAUGCAAGGCAUUUUAGUUCUUCAAAAACAGCGGCGAAGAUCAUCACUCUGUUUAAGGAUGCUUUUGAAUUCGUGAAAAAGUGUGACCGAUGUCAAUGCACCGGUAAUAUAUCUAGGAGAAAUGAAAUGCCUCUGAACAGUAUCCUGGAGGUGGAACUAUUUGACGUCCUGGGGAUCGACUUCAUGGGACCAUUCUCCCCAUCCUUCUCUAAUCAGUAUAUAUUAGUGGCUGUGGAUUACGUAUCGAAGUGGGUAGAGGUCAUUGCAUUGCCUACCAACAAUGGGAAGGUGGUGAUUGAGUUUUUAAAGAAACAUAUUUUUACCCGCUUUGGCACACCGAGGGCUAUAAUCAGUGUCGGGGGCAAACAGUUCUGCAAUCGUCAGUUUGAACAAUUGUUGACUAAAUAUGGCGUUAAACAUCGUGUAGCCACUACAUAUCAUCCCCAAACCAGCGGACAUGUCCAAGUGUCCAAUAGGCAAUUGAAGCGAAUACUCGAAGUCACAGUAAGCUCAUCAUGA